AACGCUUCAACCACUGCCUCACAUUGAAGAGUACUUACACACGCAAAAAUGCCUGCCAGACGGAGGCAGUAGCAUAUUCACCCGCUACCAUCCCCUCCACUCAUUGGUGCACCGUUCAAAAUGCCUCUCGACACCCAUUCCACAUAUUAUCAGACCCUUCUUCGUCAAGAUGGACGACGAUGGAACGAACUCCGCAGAAUCACUGCCUCAAUAUCAACGCAGCCUUCGAGCGACGGGAGCAGCUUAUUGACGAUGGGAAAUACAAUGGUUGUCUGUACUGUGACGGGUCCAAGAGAAGGGCGAGGCCAGCGAGACAACAACAAUGCUACUGUCGAAACAGAGUUGAACAUUGCUCCCUUUGCGCAAAUGGACCGCAGACGCUUCAGCCGCAUGGACAAACGAGUUCAGGAGUUGCAGACCACCGUCUCGAAUGCCUUUCAAAGUCACUUAUUCACACAUCUAUACCCGCGAUCGACGAUAUCAAUAUCUCUUCACAUACUUAGUCUUGACGGCGCCUUGCUGGUGGCAUGUCUGAACGCGGCGAGUCUUGCACUCAUCGACGCGGGUGUACCGAUGCCGUCGAUUCUCGCCGCAGUCUCAAGCGGAAACAUCACGCCCGCAGACGACUCAUCUGCGAAGGCAGAACCAAUUCUCGACCUCAAUAAUGCAGAGGAGCAGGAGCUUCCAUUCUUGUCCAUCGCUACUGUAUCUGGUCAGCCUGGAAUGGAGGACCGGGUAUCUGUGCUGUUGAUGGAGUCCCGUUGUCAGAUUGGCGGAGCGAAUAAUAAGAUGGAAAGCAUGCUGGCUACUGGUGUGGACGGAUGCCAACAAGUGAGACGAAAGAUGGAGAAUGUGAUCAGAAAGCAUGGCGCAAAGAUCAUGCAGAGCAGGAAAUGAACCCGUGGUAACGACAGCCUAGAGGCCCUGACAUAGGGGGUGACUGUGCUCAGCGUGCCAGAGGGCCGGCUCAACAUUAGGGAUCCAGCUACGAAGGACGAAAAAGGCUACAGAAACUCUCGCUGUUGAGCUCUUUACGCAUAGCAUUGGCAUCACGGCUCAAUAAGGGAUAAAACACAUCCCAAUUGCGACCAAUAACCUCACCAUGAUCGAUAACAUUUGUGUCUGAAUGAAGGCGCCGCAGAGUAUACGCCCGCAGUAACGGUCGACUUACUUUCUCAUGAGAGUCCCGGUCGAUUGCCCGCGUGGGAAUGGCGACGAUGUAGCACACGUCUGAGUUCUCGACGCGAUCAGAAGCGACAUUCGGUGCUUUGAAAGCGUCGAACAGGGGCGGAUGAGUCCAGAUCAAUCUUGAAGUUACGUCUGGAAAGCUAUCUCUUGAGCCGUGAAAAGGAAGCUCGCCGCUCACGCAACAACUCAUGCUGGCGAGAAAUAUAAUCUACGCCGAGUUGUUGCCUCCAGAAAUCCAGGGAUGGCUUUGUCUGCAGGGGUACACCAACACCUUGUUCACUUAUACAUCCCGAGUCUUUAAAUAGAAACUAUCAUAGGUGAUUCACCCCUGAAGGUUGGUUAUAGCCCAUGAAGAGGUAAAGUACAGAUGUAUGGAGUUUGUCGCAUCGAAUUGCCGUCAGAUGUGUCUAGACCCAAUGCAACAGCCACCAUCGCGGCGACCAUGGCGAUCCCUCUUCUCAUCUCAUGGUAGUAUGUUGUAAUUGCCUCCUAUACUCAGUGCCUUUGAUGCGCGUACAUCGGCUCGUAUGGGGACUAAUUGUAGCUGAACUGGCU